GCCGGAGGAGACACCGGGGCGCACGAAGGGCGCAUACCGCCGCCACGUCAGCCAGCGCGCGCGACGGCAGCGCGCCUGCGCGCGGAGGACCGUUUUCCCCCUACAUCCGGGGCCUGGGCGGCGGCAGCGCCGCCGUGCGGGGGUCACGUGGCUCUUUCCUUUCCGUCUCUGGCCGGCUGGGCGCGGGCGACUGCAGGCGAGGCGCGUGGGACCUCGCGCUGGUUCCCCUUCGUCUCCUCUCCCGGCCCGGGCCACUAAGGAGUUCGCUGACGCCGGGUGAGCUGAGCCUGCCGCCAAGAUGCCGGCCUAUUUCCAGAGGCCGGAAAAUGCCCUCAAGCGCGCCAACGAAUUUCUUGAGGUUGGAAAAAAGCAGCCUGCUUUGGAUGUGCUUUAUGAUGUUAUGAAAAGUAAGAAACACAGAACAUGGCAAAAGAUACACGAGCCGAUUAUGUUGAAAUACUUGGAACUUUGCGUGGAUCUUCGCAAGAGCCAUUUGGCUAAAGAGGGAUUAUACCAGUAUAAGAACAUUUGUCAACAGGUGAACAUCAAAUCUCUAGAGGAUGUUGUUAGGGCAUAUUUGAAAUUGGCAGAGGAAAAAACUGAAGCUGCUAAAGAAGAAUCUCAGCAGAUGGUCCUAGACAUAGAAGAUCUGGAUAAUAUUCAAACUCCUGAGAGUGUUCUCCUAAGUGCUGUAAGUGGUGAAGACACUCAGGAUCGUACUGACAGAUUACUUUUAACUCCAUGGGUUAAAUUCCUUUGGGAAUCAUAUAGACAGUGUUUGGACCUUCUUCGAAACAAUUCCAGAGUAGAGCGUCUCUACCAUGAUAUUGCCCAACAAGCUUUCAAAUUCUGCCUCCAGUACACUCGUAAGGCUGAAUUCCGUAAGCUGUGUGACAAUUUGAGAAUGCACUUGUCACAAAUUCAACGUCACCAUAACCAGAGCACAGCAAUCAAUCUUAAUAAUCCAGAGAGCCAGUCCAUGCAUUUGGAAACCAGACUUGUUCAGUUGGACAGUGCUAUCAGCAUGGAAUUAUGGCAGGAAGCAUUCAAAGCUGUGGAAGAUAUUCAUGGACUAUUCACCUUGUCUAAAAAACCACCUAAACCUCAGUUGAUGGCAAAUUACUAUAAUAAAGUCUCAACUGUGUUUUGGAAAUCUGGAAAUGCUCUUUUUCAUGCAUCUACACUCCAUCGUCUUUACCAUUUAUCCAGAGAAAUGAGAAAGAAUCUUACACAAGAAGAGAUGCAAAGAAUGUCUACCAGAGUCCUUUUGGCCACUCUUUCUAUCCCUAUUACUCCUGAGCGUACUGAUAUUGCUCGACUUCUGGAUAUGGACGGCAUUAUAGUCGAAAAGCAACGUCGCCUUGCAACACUGCUAGGUCUUCAAGCCCCACCAACACGAAUUGGCCUUAUUAAUGAUAUGGUUAGAUUCAACGUACUACAGUAUGUUGUCCCUGAAGUGAAAGACCUUUACAAUUGGCUGGAAGUAGAAUUUAACCCACUAAAACUCUGUGAGAGAGUCACAAAGGUUCUGAAUUGGGUUCGGGACCAACCUGAAAAGGAACCAGAGUUGCAGCAGUAUGUUCCACAGCUGCAAAACAACACCAUACUCCGUCUUCUGCAGCAGGUGGCACAAAUUUAUCAGAGCAUUGAGUUUUCUCGUUUGACUUCUCUGGUUCCUUUUGUUGAUGCUUUCCAACUGGAACGGGCUAUAGUAGAUGCAGCGAGGCACUGUGACCUGCAGGUUCGUAUUGACCACACUUCUCGGACACUUAGUUUUGGAUCUGAUUUGAAUUAUGCUACUCGAGAAGAUGCUCCAAUUGGUCCUCAUUUGCAAAGCAUGCCUUCAGAACAGAUAAGAAAUCAGCUGACAGCCAUGUCCUCAGUACUUGCAAAGGCACUUGAAGUCAUUAAGCCAGCUCAUAUAUUGCAAGAGAAAGAAGAACAGCAUCAGUUGGCUGUUACUGCAUACCUUAAAAAUUCACGAAAAGAGCAUCAGCGUAUCCUGGCUCGCCGUCAGACAAUUGAGGAAAGGAAAGAGCGCCUUGAGAGUCUGAAUAUUCAGCGUGAGAAAGAAGAAUUGGAGCAGAGGGAAGCUGAGCUCCAGAAAGUACGGAAGGCUGAAGAAGAGAGGCUGCGACAGGAGGCAAAGGAGAGGGAGAAGGAGCGCAUCCUACAGGAACAUGAACAAAUUAAAAAGAAAACUGUCCGUGAGCGUUUGGAGCAGAUCAAGAAAACAGAACUGGGUGCCAAAGCAUUCAAAGAUAUUGAUAUUGAAGAUCUUGAAGAAUUGGAUCCGGAUUUCAUCAUGGCUAAACAGGUUGAACAACUGGAGAAAGAAAAGAAGGAACUUCAGGAACGCCUGAAGAAUCAAGAAAAGAAGAUUGACUAUUUUGAAAGAGCUAAACGCCUGGAGGAAAUCCCGUUGAUAAAGAGUGCUUAUGAAGAACAGAGGAUUAAAGACAUGGAUCUGUGGGAACAACAGGAAGAAGAAAGAAUUACUACCAUGCAACUAGAACGCGAAAAGGCUCUUGAACAUAAGAAUCGAAUGUCACGAAUGCUUGAAGACAGAGAUUUAUUUGUAAUGCGACUCAAGGCUGCACGACAGUCUGUUUAUGAGGAAAAGCUUAAACAGUUUGAGGAGCGAUUAGCAGAAGAAAGGCAUAAUCGCUUGGAAGAACGUAAAAGGCAACGUAAAGAAGAACGCAGAAUAACCUACCAUAGAGAAAAAGAAGAGGAGGAACAGAGGAGGGCGGAAGAACAAAUGCUAAAAGAGCGUGAAGAGAGAGAGCGUGCCGAACGGGCCAAACGCGAGGAAGAGCUACGAGAGUAUCAGGAGAGGGUCAAGAAAUUAGAAGAAGUAGAAAGGAAAAAACGCCAAAGAGAGCUGGAAAUUGAAGAAAGGGAACGGCGCAGAGAGGAAGAGAGAAGGCUUGGUGAUGAUCCACUUUCUAGAAAGGACUCUCGCUGGGGAGACAGAGAUUCAGAAGGCACCUGGAGGAAAGGACCCGAAGUAGAUUCCGAAUGGAGAAGAGGCCCACCAGAGAAGGAGUGGAGACGUGGAGAGGGGCGGGAUGAGGAAAGGCCUCAUAGAAGAGAGGAAGAUCGACCAAGGCGUUUGGGAGAUGAGGAAGAGAGAGAGUCUUCUCUUAGACCAGAUGAUGAUCGCAUUCCCCGGCGUGGCAUGGAUGAUGACAGAGGUCCUAGACGUGGUCUUGAUGAAGACCGGUUCUCUCGCCGUGGGGCAGAUGACGACCGGCCUUCCUGGCGUAAUGCUGAUGAUGAUCGGGGUCCCAGGCGGAGCAUGGAUGACGACAGGCCUCCCAGACGAAUUGGUGAUGAAGAUAGGGGGAGCUGGCGUCAUGCGGAUGAUGAUAGACCACCUAGACGGGGACUGGAUGAGGACAGAGGAAGCUGGCGAACAGCUGAUGAGGACAGAGGACCAAGACGUGGGAUGGAUGAGGACCGGGGGCCACGGCGAGGAGGUGCAGAUGAUGAGCGGUCUUCCUGGCGUAAUGCUGACGAUGAUCGGGGUCCCAGGCGGGGCAUGGAUGAUGACCGGGGUCCCAGGCGUGGGCUGGAUGAUGAUCGAGGACCUUGGAGGAGUACUGAUGAUGACAGAAUUUCUAGGCGCAGUGCAGAUGAUGACCGGGGGCCUUGGAGAAACAUGGAUGAUGAUCGGAUUCCGAGAAGGGGUGAUGACUCAAGACCUGGUCCCUGGAGACCGUUUGUCAAGCCAGGUGGAUGGAGAGAGAAAGAAAAAGCCAGAGAAGAGAGUUGGGGUCCACCUCGAGAAUCAAGACCAUCAGAAGAACGUGAAUGGGAUAGGGAAAAAGAGAGAGAGAGAGAAAGCCAAGAUCGUGACGAAAACGACAAGGACCCAGAGAAAGAAAGAGACCGAGAGAGAGAGCGAGAGCGGGACAGAGAGCGAGAUGGGGAUCGAGAGGACCGCUUCCGACGACCUAGGGAUGAAGGAGGCUGGAGAAGAGGACCAGCGGAAGAAUCUUCGAGCUGGAGAGAUUCAAAUCGCCGUGAAGAUAGGGAUCGGGAUGACCGUCGUCGGGAGAGAGAUGAUCGCCGUGAUCUAAGGGAGAGGCGAGAUGACAGAGACCGAAGAGGACCUCCUCUUAGAUCAGAACGUGAAGAAGCAAGUUCUUGGAGGCGUGCUGAUGACAGGAAAGAUGAGCGGGCAGAAGAGCGGGAAGCCCCUCGUCGUGUUCCUCCCCCAGCUCUUUCAAGAGACAGAGAAAGAGACCGAGAUAGAGAAAGAGAAGGUGAAAAAGAGAAGGCCUCAUGGAGAGCUGAGAAAGAUAGGGAAUCUCUUCGUCGUACUAAAAACGAGACUGAUGAAGAUGGAUGGACCACGGUACGACGUUAAAUCUCGAUAAUGGAUUCAAACUCAUGUCUCACAUAGGUUUGAUCACAUUCAAGGAUUAUCAUACUUGUGCUUCAACCAGUCUAAAUUGGAUUCUUUAAUGUUGUCUCAUCAUAACAAAAAGCAUGAACUUGUAUUAAUCUUCUAUAAUAGAUUGAUUGUGCACCGUGUCCACAGGAGGUUGGCCAGGUGGGCCAUUUUCUGGAAUUUAAGGUGUUGCAUUAUUUCAUCAAUCAUUUGUUUACAAAAAAAAAAAAACUAAAAAAUAAAUUGGAAAUGUGAACCUGUCAGGUAUGGAGUAACACCUGUAUCUUGGUAUAGAACUGAUCUUUUUCUUUUGUUUUUGAAAUACUAUAUUAAUUUGGAAUGAGGUAGGGUUCUGUUAGAGAAAAUGUAUUUGAAGACUCUUCAAAAGCAGGGGCUGAAACGACUUCCACAUCAUUAGCGGUUGAGACAUACCUCUAGGUAUCUUGAGGUAUUUACUCUAUUAACUACAUUUAGAAAGUUUUUAGGUUCACUAUAAGUGCAGUAAACAUUACAAACAUUGGAUGCAGCGGGAUUUUCUGUAGCUUUUACUUGAGAGGUGAGUAUAAAGCAAUUUGCAGUCAUUAUUGUAAUGACAAGAAUACUGCUCAAGUGUGAAUCCAAAUCAGUUACGGCUUUUAAAUUUUAAAGCAUUUGGUAAACUAUUGCUGAGUUUUUUCUGUUGCCAAUAGCAAACUGCUUUUCCAUUAAUGGAGAAUUCAUGCCUUUGAAGCAUUUUAAAUACGACAAUAUUUAUAAAUGUGUGGUUUGGAGGAAUUGUUUAAAUUCUUUUUCCUAAUUUUCUUUCUCUUCAGGAUAGAUUCUUUCAACAAGUAAUUUGUAGUAAUGACUGUGUUGACUUCAAUUUUGGAGUGUCGUAGCUAUGUCAAAGAUUAACUAUUUCGUCUUAUUGAAGCCAACACAGAACUUGCUGCUGUGUUUUUUCUUCAAUGAUAAAUAAAAUACUUACAGAA